AUGUUCCACGGGAAUCUGAUGCCCGUUGUUCUGGGCUGGAUGGUUGUGACCGUUGUCAUUAGGCAAAGCGCCCCCAGAAUGACGUUCAAGGCAGGUGACUGCAACUACAACCGAUCGGUUUUCUCCAACUUCACCAUCCAAAUCAUCAAGGCCAAGGUGAUGAUGGACAUGAUCCUGGUCACCACUUUGCGGCAGGGCCUGAAGGCUCACCUGAGCUUCGAGUUCCGACUUUCCAAGGGCAAGCCCUACCAGAGUGUCUACCAGCACGACAUGAACUACUGUGCCCUGAUCAAGGGCGCCCAGGAGUCGAUCUACCGUCGGUGGUUCACCUCCAUGCUGAAGGUGGGGAACUUCGCCACGAGCUGCCCGAUUGGCAGGGGCUACUAUUACCUGCACGGCUGGACUCUGGACUCGAGCUACGUGCCCUCCUUUCUCUACCUGGGGGACUACCGGAUCGGCGGGUCCUUCUUCUACGGGAGAUUCAAGAAGGACAGUCCGCUGCUGGAGUGCAGUGUGGAGGCCGUGCUGACCUGA